AUGAUUGUACACCUCCUAUUCCGGCUUAAUUGUGUGUUCAUUUUGUUAAUAAAGAAGCAUCUGAUUUUAUGGCUGGGUACAUUGAGAAUAUAUAAAACCUUUCUUUUUUUGGACAAUUUGUUUCCCUUUGACCAAUCUUUGUUACUUGCCUACACAUUUGUGCAUAGCGUGCUGCUCCAGCGCGAUCGCUUUGUGUGUUGCCUCGAGUCGCGCCGCCACUAUGCCUGCGUUGAGGCCGAGGCCGCUGCCACUCUCGACGCCCUCUGUUGCGCGCUCUCGCCGACGGCGUUCGCAAAGCCUUGUCGCGGCGCUGCAAGUGUUGCCCCCCUCCUCCCCAAGGGCAAGGUGAAGGAAGGUGCCUGUGUGGUUCUUCUGCACCUCGUAGCAAGGAUUGUUGUGUCCAACCUGCGCAAGAAUGCCAAGAAGUCCUUCUCAGAUACGAUUAAGGACAUGUACCUGCACUACAACGAGAGAUCUGGGCUGCUUCUUUGUGGCUUCCAAACUUGA